GUCUUCCGAUGUUUUCUUGUCAACCGUCCUCUAACAACGGAACGCGACGACCAUGCGAUUACCCUAGGCCCUGUCGUACGCAUCAGUCCUAAUGAAGUUCAUUGUAACGACUGGCGCUUUAUUGACGAGAUCUACGCCUCCGGCAGUAGAAAACGAGACAAGCCUUUGCACCAAGUCCGAGGAAGUGGAGGUAUUGUCGACGCUACUUUUUCGACCACAAGCCAUGAUCUUCAUCGGAUGAGACGAAACGCCCUGAACAAGUUCUUUUCCCGUGCGCAAGUUGCGCGGCUGGAGCCAACAGUUCGCGAAAAUGCCGAGCGCAUUUGUGAUAAGAUCCUGAUCCUGGGCAAGUCAGCGCCCUUUGAUGUCACUACGGCAUAUAGCCAUUUUACCACCGAUGUCAUCUCCGGCUACUGCCUCGGUGACAGCCUCGGGUUGAUCGAGCAGAAGGGAUGGGAGCCCAACUUCCGCGAGCCAUUGUACGCGCAGCUCAAACUGAUGUACUGGCUUCGUUUUAUCCCCCUUUUCAAGCGAUUGAGUGUUGCUACAGCCAUGAUCACUCGACGAUUCUCAAAGGAUAUGAACACGCUCUUCAAUGCGUUAGUGGGGGAUAUGCCGAGAUAUGUGAGGAGAGCGCAAGACAAUGUGAUCAAGGGUCUCGACGAUGGCUCAUCAGUUUUCGGUGCUCUCUUAACCUCAGAUCUUCCACCGAGCGAGAAAUCCCUCGAGCGUUUGACUGAUGAGGGAUUCUCAUUGUUUGCAGCCGGGACGGAAACCGUCAGUUGGGCAUUGUCCGUCAUCACUUAUCAUCUCUUUGCAAACCGCGAGCUACUGGAAAAGGUCACCAAAGAGGUAACACAGGUCAUCGACGCCAAAUCGGGGCAGCUUCCCUCUUGGCACACGCUGGAAAAGUUGCCCUACCUGGGAGGUGUCAUCUACGAAGGUUUACGUCUAUCCUAUGGCGUUGCCAGUCGUUCCUCACGCAUCCCAGUUGGAGAAGACUUGGUGUAUCGUGGCGUAUGGGCACCGAAGGGAAGCAACACGAUGCGCGAGUUCCACCUUGCGUACUGCGAGCUCUAUGUGCUGCUUUCGUUGCUCAUUGUUCGCGUCUUCCCGCAUAUGAAGCUUCACGAAACCACAGAGGUCGAUGUGACGCACGACCACGACUUCUUCAAUCCUUUCCCGGUUUCGAGCAGCAAGGGUGUAAGGGCCAUUGUUGUAUAG